GGCAAAAACGGAAAACAUGAAAAACACUUUCACUUUUGGGUUUAUCCAAAAGCAACUCCAAAAUUGAAAAUUUUAUGUUAAUUUAUUGCUUUCCUUUUAAGCCAACAACUCCUAUAACGUCCAAGUCUUGCCUUCACCAUAUAUUAUUCUCUUUUAUUCUUUCAUCAUCUUCUUCGUCGAUAACUUCCUAUAAAUUUACUCAGAACCCACUUCAGAAUCUUCAAGAUCCAAACUUUUUUGAGAGUUAGUGAGCGAGUUGAGUUGUUGUCAAAAGGGCAUUGUCAAGAUGUGUUGCGGAACCAAGAUGUGCAUGUUUUGUAUUUGUUUGAUAGCUGUGGUGGUUCUUAUCGGGUUGCUGUUCGGAUUCGGGGUUUUCAAGAAAGCCUUUCACAAGGCUAAGGAUACUCUGCAUGUUUGUGAUCCAAACGUUCAUGGCUCUCUCUGUGGAAAGGGAAGACCUUUCUUCAAUUAUGUUCCUCCUCCUUCUCCCUUUUAGUUUGAUUCUUGAUUAGUAUUGAAUUUGUUCCUUUUUUUUUUUUGUUUGUUUUCCUUCGUACUUGAAUUAGGAUAUUGUGAUUGUUAAUUUGAUGUUAUGGAUCUAUAUUUUAGUGUUUUGUGAUAUGGGUUUUUAAUAUAGAAUUUAUAUAACAUAUUCUUUGAUUUGUUUUUAAUGUGAUUUGAAUUUUGUU